AUGCAACUGACGGAACGAGAGAUACCGGCCGUCUUUUCUCUUCCUGUAGAUUAUCGCCCCGUCUCUCAGGCGAAACUGCAGAAGAGGCACCCAUCUCCUACCGUUCAAGCGGACACCAUCAUUUACGAAACUACCCCCUUUGUGGAAGUGAGUGUCGGAACACCACCGCAACCAAUAGGGCUGGCAGUAGAUCUCCAAGAUGGUUUCAUGGCUUUCCUCGUGCCGAACACCACGAAUUGUGUUUCGCUGUCAAAGGCAACCUCGGCACAAUAUAAUUGCGCUGCCGACGACUAUUGCGCUCUCAUGGGCUACUUUUGCCCCGCAGCAUCAUCAACCAUGAAGUCGAUACAGCCCUCGGAAUCAGACCCGGAAGGCCCCGUCAACGCGGAUGUCGUGACUGUUGGCAGCCAGAGAGUAGAUGGCGUCCACAUGUGGCUUAACGAUAUCUCUCCAGGUGACUACAGUAGAAUGGGCAUUGCGCCAGGCUCGCCCUUGCUAUACCUAAUGGUUGACCGGGGUUUCAUCAACUCUCCAUCAUUCAGCAUUUGGAACAAUGCAUCUCAAAAUAAUCAGGGCCAUCUGCUCUUCGGUGGAGUUAACAAGGCAAUGUACAAAGGGACGCUUCAAGCGUUUCCUCUUUCGGGGCCAAAUAACAACGUCAACGUGCCAAUCGCAGCAGUUGUUGUGGAGAGUGGCGACAACAGUACAGCUGGUCCAGCAACCACAAGACACAAUCUCGCCGACUCAACGACAGCAGUAUUAUCUACAAUUGACACCUUCACUUUCUUUCCUAACAAAACAGUACAGCAGAUUUAUGCCGAUCUUGACAUCACUCCGGUGCUCAUACCGAGCUUCAAUGCUUCUAUGGGUAUUGUCGAUUGUGCCAGAACACAUUCUGAGAAUCGCACCGUUUCCCUGGUGUUUGGUAGCGCCACGAUUUCAGUACCUUGGAGUGAACUAUUUCAGUCUUUUGAAGACAGUACCUGCGAGUUUACCAUCGUACCAUACAGGCCGGACUUGAUUUCCGGACCAGGCAGUGAAUUACAAAUCGGCGCUGCUUUCCUUCAACACAUGUAUUUGGCUGUGGAUUACGAUAACAUGUUCGCCGCCGUGGCGCCCCUUAAUCCCAACCCAGGCCCGGAUAAUAUUUUAGAAAUUGGGAACGGGACACGAAUUCCGGACGCAGAAGGGGACUUUCCAGCUACCAUUACUCCGUACGAGGCACCGACGCCAACACAAACUACAACCACAGGGCCCCUGCCAACAUCCACUACAGCUUCAAAAGCACAAGCCGUAACAUUUACACCUAGAGCUAUGGAUAUAAUAUUUGGGGUUGGCGGCGCAAUACUUGCAAGACUUCGAAGAUCCAUUAGCCAAACACAUAUUGACCCAAUACCCAAGCUCUUCCAACCAGUUCCUACCACCACCAGCAUAGAUCCUGCCCGAUGGAGGGCCCUACAGUCCGACGUGGACAAUAUUCUGAAUGACUAUGCGGGUUCGCCUGUCCCGGAUCAAGAUGACACCCCCAAGGUGUUACGAGCAUUUCUUAAAUACUUGUGCGAAGAGGCUAAAACGCUCUUGAUGCAAGAAAUCAAACAGUUCAACGGAAAACUAGCAUUGAGGCAGCUCCGCAAUUGCCUCGUCGACUCAAUAUUAAAGAGUAUGUUAAUAGCCGGUGGCAAACAGCCCAAAUCUCUUACGCCGUCCCCCAUCGUCAUCCCCGGCCCAACUGUGGAGGAAAGCCAACAUCAACUCGAGUUGAGGAGCAACCACACUGCCGUUAAACAAGCAUGUUUGAAAAGAGACGGUCGCCGCUGUGUUCUCACGGGCAUGGUCGAACGAGUUCAUCUCAUGAGUAUACCGACGCAAAAUCGUGGAGGCCGGUGGUUUUGCAAACCCGAAUGUGCACACAUCAUUCCCUUUGCUUUAAGCAAGUUUAACCCGAGCUCUUCACAAGAGGUUUCAUCUGGAGGGCGAUUUACCGAUACUUUCCCUUUGUGGCAAGGGAAAAUCGGACCCGAAAAUAUCAACGCCCCCGACAAUGCUAUAACUCUGAGGUCAGAGGCUCAUAUGGAAUUUGCCAGCCAUCAUAUUGCUGCUGAACCUGCAAAUAUGGAACACAAAUACCCUGUCCAUGAUCUCGACGCUGUUACUUCCGUAGCUCGAGAUUUAUCAAACACUAUCACUAUGAUGCAAUCAGACCCAGCAGUUGUGAUGCCAGCUCCCGAUCUUCCUAGGUUACACUACCAAGUAUCAAUGAUCCUGCAAGAGAGUGGUAUUCGAGAGAGAUAUGAGAGGACCAAGUGGGAGAAUGAGGACAACUUGAUCGAAAACAUUGAGCCUGAUGGCUCCACAGAUCUAGGGAAUAUCCUGUCUAGCAAAAUGCUAACAGAUAUCUAG